GUGGAUCACAAGCAUCGAUCCUUUCCUCCUAUGACCCUCUUUCAUUGCACUCUCUUCUAUUGUAUGUUCAGCAUUACAACAGUUUUCUUCUCCUUUCAGAUGAAGACACUUACAAAGCAAGGGAAAAGAUUGAUUGGUUACUAGAUAGAGAAAAAAAGAAAAGGAGAAGGGAAAAAAAGUUUUGGAGUGAGGAUAUAUAGCAUCAUCUCUCUUUCUCUCUCUCUCUCUCUCUCUCUCUCUCUCUCCCCCCAAGAAAAUGCAAAUGGCAAUGAUGCUGGGAAGAUCAGGAGGAGGAGGAGCAUUUGGAGUUUCAAGCUUUCCAUCUUCGUCUUCAUGUUCUUCCUCUUCUUCCUCCUCCUCAUGUUUCAUGCAAAAUGCCAAGCCUACCUCGUUAUCCACCCUCCCUUUGAAGGUAUGUAAAUUUGUAACCCAUCACAGAUACAUCAUCGCCUGCUCUACUCUGCAAGAAUCAUCGACUUCUACAGUGACUGCAGAAACAAAGGAAGUGAAGACAGCCCAAAAACAAGCUCCAGCAAAGGCCAAACCUCCAGCAAAAGCUCCGGUCAAGCCUCUUCCUCAGAUGAUGGAGGAAGAUGUCAUCCCUUCACUGAAAGCCAUAUUCGAAGCUCAAGAUGAUAUUUCUGAACUUGAACUAUCUUUCCAUGAUAACAGGUUGGAAGGUUCCUUUCUAAAGGAGGGCAAUCCUUAUUUCUUUUGGGCAUUCUUCCCCAAUGGAGUCCUCACAGGUCCAAAAGGGUUUUCUCUGUCCUCCUAUGGCUCAGAAGCAAGCACUGUUGAGCCCUUUCUCAUUGAUGAGAAGAAAAUCACAGCGAACCACGUUGUCUUUUGGGUUGAAAAACGUUUGGCAGCCCAAGGAAUCAUUCCUGUGUGGAAAGAUUAAUAAAUUGCUUCCAAUUUUCAUAUAUUCAUUGCAAAAAGAUGUAAGCUAAUCACCCUUUGUAAUUGCACUUUAAGGUACACACAAUUGUUCAUACAUAUCAAAUCACAUAAUUGAUACU